CUCUCUCUCUCCCUCUCCCUCGCCUCCAAUCUUCUUCUCUCCUCAGAGACUUUCUUUCUCUUCAAUCCAAAGCCUUCCACAUAUCUUCUUCUUCAUCUUUAGAUUUCGCUUCCAUUGUGAGAUCAAAUCAUUCAUAAUCUUCAAAGAUGUUGCAGGAUAUGUGGAAUGCUCCGCCUGGUUUCAGACCCACCAAGUCUGCUCCUUCCUCUCCGGCCAAGCCUCUCGGAGUUUCGAGGACUCGCUCUGUCGGGACGGAGUUGUUUCACGUGACUCACAAAGUCCCGGUAGGCGACAGUCCUUAUGUCAGAGCCAAGAAUGUUCAGCUGGUGGAGAAGGAUCCGGAGAAAGCAAUCCCGCUGUUUUGGGCAGCCAUUAAUUCUGGGGACAGAGUGGAUAGUGCUUUGAAGGACAUGGCGAUUGUGAUGAAGCAACAGAACCGGGCGGAAGAAGCUAUCGAAGCCAUCAAGUCGUUGAGACACCGGUGUUCGGAUCAAGCCCAGGAGUCCCUUGACAACAUCCUUUUGGAUCUUUACAAGAGAUGUGGGAGAUUGGAUGACCAAAUAGCACUUUUGAGGCACAAGUUGUACUUGAUUCAGCAAGGGAUGGCUUUCAACGGAAAGCGCACGAAAACCGCCAGAUCUCAGGGGAAGAAAUUUCAGGUCUCUGUGGAACAAGAAGCCACUAGAUUACUGGGGAACUUGGGGUGGGCUUUGAUGCAGCAGAACAACUACAUUGAAGCAGAAGAUGCUUAUCGCCGAGCACUCACAAUUGCGCCGGAUAACAACAAGAUGUGCAACCUCGGAAUCUGCCUAAUGAAGCAAGGAAGAAUCUCCGAGGCUAAGGAGAAUCUCCGCCGCGUUAAGCCGGCAGUUGCGGAUGGUCCAAGAGGGACGGAUUCCCAUCUCAAGGCCUAUGAGAGGGCUCAGCAGAUGCUCAAGGAUCUCGAGUCUGAGAUGAUGAACAAGGGUGGAGACCGCGUCGAGCAGAGCAGACUUUUCGAUGCCUUCCUGGGUUCUUCGUCGAUUUGGCAGCCUCAGCCUUGCAGAGACCACCACCAUACAAGCCUGCCGGCAACAGCCGAGUCUGUGAAAUCUCAGCCCGAUGAGUUUGCUGAUGAGAAUGUCAAUUCUUCAAACAUUUUCGCGAACCGGAAGAUAGGAUUUCCUCAGACUAAAAGUAUUAAUCAAGUCCCUCAACCAAACUCAUUGAAUGUGGCUGCAAAGCCUUACUUCGCAAAGUUCAUUCCGGCUCCCCCAACCGCCUCUCAAUUUGCUGAGACCCUUAAGAGGACAAGGUCUGGGAAUGCUGCUAAUUCAAUGAGAGUGACCGAGGCGAUUGAGAUCACGAAACCUGCUGUGGAUUUGGGCGUACCAGAGAACAAGACCAGAAGAAGGCUCUCUCUUGAAGAACCAGGGAAUGAGUUGACAGGGUUGUUGCCCGACAACAAGGACUUCGAAGAGGCCAUCAUCGCCGCGGUCAUUGACCCGACAAAUGAGGCUGGGAACGCAAUUGGAAUCAGCAACAGUUCCGGGAUGUUUCCGAAGAAGGUUGAGAAGAGGCUCAGGGUUUUUCAGGAUAUUACACUGUCUCUAAGUCCAAGGGCCUAAACUAACUAUAAUUGCUUACCUUAAUUACCUUAAUUCGUUUAAUUCGAGGAGUUAAAUAUUACCUUAAUUCGUUUAAUUUGAGGAGUUAAAUAGUGUUUUUCGGCUGGAGAUGAACUUGUUCUCCCCUUUAAUUAUCUUCUGGCAUUGUAGUUGAAGUUGUAAUUUGUCAGUUUAAUCCACUCUACAGAAGCUGAUGAUUCUAUGUAUUCAUGCCAAGUCUUUCAACAGAAUAAGAAAACCUCUUUAAUUUUUGUUUUAA